AUUGAUAUUCGGGAAGUGAGGAAAGCGGUACUGUGCUGAAUGACCCUUCUGAAGUUCUUGAAUCUUUGAAUCCGCAAUCGACCAAUUCGAAAAUCACCGCCAACCAUGUCUUCCGCAUACUACUCGCCGCUCGUCAGCGAUGACUUGAUCUGGGAGGUUGCUCGCAGCCAGAACGCGUACAUCGUCAAGCGCAAGGGUGUCCAGUUCUCGCGCGACCCGCUGAACUUGGUUAACCUUCACUCCCGCAAGCACGGCGGCUUUGUCAACACCAAGGCUGUCGGCAUCGCACCCGCUGAGGGCGAUAAGGGAGGCGUGACCCUCAUCACCAAGAAGGCCGGAAACGCACAGCGCCCUGCUGCUGCCACCUCGACCACCAUCAACGGCAGCAAGUCCAACCGCAAGACCUACAAGAGCGUCGCCAACACCGUCGCCAAGGGCUACAGAGGUGACCUCCGCGCCGCCGCCGUGUCCCGCGCCUCCGCUAUUCGCAAGUCGCAGCGUGGCGUCAAGGAGCGCCCAGCGAGCGCACCGCGUGGCGUCAAGGCCAAGAAGGCCGCCGCUGCUGCUGAGGAGAACUAG